CUACUUUCUUGCUAAACACACAAAAGGAAAAAAACUAAACUUCAUCAAACUAUAAACUCUAUUUAAACUCUAAACUUCAUCAACUUUUUCCUGAAGAAAAAUUUCAUCAAACUUCAAUAUCGAUAUGGCGAGCGCAAUGGUUGAAGAUGCAAACUUCGAAGAUGAUCAGUUAGCAAAUAUGAACACCGAUGACAUCGGUAGAGCUUCUCGUCUUCUUGACACCGAGAACCGUAUCCUCAAGGAAGAGUUGCAGAGAACGAAUCUGGAAUUGGAAUCGUGUAAAGAGAAUAUUAAGGAAAAUCAGGAGAAGAUUAAGCUUAAUAAACAAUUGCCCUACCUUGUUGGUAACAUUGUUGAGAUCUUGGAGAUGAAUCCUGAAGAUGAAGCCGAAGAAGAUGGUGCCAAUAUUGAUCUUGACUCACAGAGGAAGGGAAAAUGUGUUGUGCUGAAAACCUCUACUCGACAGACAAUCUUUCUUCCGGUUGUUGGACUUGUCGACCCUGACAAUCUAAAACCUGGUGAUCUUGUUGGUGUAAACAAAGAUAGUUACUUAAUCUUGGAUACUCUUCCUUCUGAGUAUGAUUCUAGAGUUAAGGCUAUGGAAGUCGAUGAAAAGCCAACAGAGGACUACAAUGACAUUGGUGGAUUAGAGAAGCAGAUCCAAGAAUUGGUUGAAGCUAUUGUUUUGCCAAUGACCCACAAAGAACGCUUCCAGAAGUUAGGAAUUCGUCCUCCCAAGGGAGUGCUCUUAUAUGGACCACCAGGGACUGGAAAAACUUUAAUGGCCCGUGCCUGUGCUGCACAGACAAAUGCCACUUUUCUGAAGUUGGCAGGUCCUCAGCUUGUGCAGAUGUUCAUAGGUGAUGGAGCAAAACUUGUUCGUGAUGCAUUUCAACUUGCAAAAGAGAAGUCACCAUGCAUUAUAUUUAUUGAUGAAAUUGAUGCAAUUGGUACCAAGCGUUUUGAUAGUGAAGUGAGUGGGGACAGGGAGGUACAAAGAACUAUGUUAGAGUUGCUCAAUCAGCUUGAUGGUUUUAGUAGUGAUGACCGGAUUAAGGUGAUAGCUGCAACUAACCGUGCUGAUAUUCUUGAUCCCGCCCUAAUGCGUUCUGGUCGAUUGGACCGUAAGAUCGAGUUUCCACACCCAACUGAAGAAGCAAGAGCUCGAAUUCUGCAGAUCCAUUCAAGGAAGAUGAAUGUUCACCCCGAUGUCAACUUUGAAGAACUAGCUCGGUCCACAGAUGAUUUCAACGGAGCACAACUGAAGGCUGUCUGUGUUGAGGCUGGCAUGUUGGCUCUACGCCGUGAUGCUACCGAGGUGAACCAUGAGGACUUCAAUGAAGGUAUAAUUCAAGUCCAAGCAAAGAAGAAAGCAAGCCUGAACUAUUAUGCUUAAGCUAGAAUAUCGAACAUGCUAUGCUUCGUUCAAAACAUCUGAAACAUCGCAGACUAAGCGAAAGCAUUGUGGGAUCCAAAUGCAUGACAGUCUCCCUAAGAGUUUUUGACACUACUGCAUGCUCAAAUGGGUGGUUGAAAGAUAUUUGUUUGCGUAAAUUAAAGAAAUAUAACAGGGGUGAAUGGUAAAGAAAUUAACAGAGAGAUGUGGUUGCUAGGAUUAGACUUCAUUAACCUAUUUCUCAUGUAUCCAACUGAUCAAUUAUACCGUAUCUAUUUAUUAAUCAAUAUUAUCACAUAUCACUUGACAACCAUUAUUUAUGUCUAA